GUUAUUUGCUAAUGCACAUGUUUUUCUACAGUGCAGUAACAAAAAAAUUAAAUUAUUAUACAUUUAUUUCAUAUUGUUCAUUUUCUUUCCUUGGCCAUUGUAAUUCUUUACUCCUUUCCCUUGUUUCUUUGCUCAUUCUAAAAGAAACUUUGUGACAUAUAAAGAUCAAAAAGCUAUGCAGUUCCCCAAUCACAGUACAGUUAAUGAGAUUAUGUUAGUUGGAUUCCCAGGCCUACAGCGAUAUAGCGUUUUAUUAUUCAUAGCUCUUCUUUGCAUCUACAUAUUUAUCAUUGCUGGAAAUUUUCUCAUCAUCUUUGUAAUCCGAAGAGAGCCAUGUCUUCACUUUCCCAUGUACUUUUUUAUUGGGACGUUAUCGGUUGCAGAGAUUUGUUAUACUGCUAUCUUGAUUCCAAAGAUGUUGACUGACCUCCUUGAUGACGAGAAGAAGAUUUCCCUCACCGGGUGCCUCCUACAAGCCUAUUUUGCACAUGUACUGGGAGCAUCUGAAGCCUACAUCCUCGCUGUAAUGGCCUUUGAUCGAUAUCUGGCCAUCUGUAAACCAUUACACUACUUUUCUAUUAUGAAUACCAAAUUGUAUGUUAGUUUGAUUACUGGAUCCUUUAUUCUUGGCUUUUUAUGGCCCAUUAUUGAAGUUGUGUUAAUUUCUCAUCUCCCCUUUUGUGGUCCAAACCAUAUUGAAAAUGUCUUGUGUGACUUCCCUCCCUUGAUCGCUAUAGCAUGUACCGAUCCCACAUUCUAUGUUUUGGUUGAGUUUUUCGUCAGCCUUUUUAUAAUUUCUACAACUUUCCCUUUGGUUGUACUUUCUUAUAUCAGGAUAGUUUAUGUUAUUUUGAAAAUUAAAACCAAAGAAGGGCGUCGCAAGGCAUUCUCCACUUGUGGAGCCCAUCUCAUUGUUGUCGUUCUCUUUUUUAGUAGUGCUUCGUUUAUGUACAUACGAGUUUCAAAAAGUUCUUCUGUAGACUAUGACAGGACUGUUGAUCUCACCUAUGCUAUCUUUACCCCCCUAGUUAACCCUAUCAUAUAUGGUUUAAAAAAUCAUAAAAUAAAAAAGUCAAUACACAAAUAUGUAUGCCUUUGCUAG